AAUGUCCAUUUUAGAGCCAAUUCGAAUAUCAUUUAUCAAACGUAAAAUAGAACUUGCUAAAAGAAAUGGUUGGCGGCAUGCUAUUUUCAACCCUGCAGAUAAACUUCUUGUCAAAGGUUAUUAUAAAGGAGAAUGGAGAAACGAUAAAAAGGAGGGAAAGGGUAGUCAGUUGAACAGGUACAAUAAUUAUCGCAAUCACAGAAAUGGAUUUGUAUACGAAGGUGAUUGGUUCAAUGGUAAAAGACAUGGUUAUGGUACUUUGAGCAAGAUUUAUGGGCAAUUAGAUGCUGGUAUUAUUCGUAAAUGUUACAUUGGUCAGUGGGAGAAUGGUAAAAAACACGGUUUCGGAUAUAAUUGGUACGAAGACAACAGUUAUUACGAGGGUAAUUUUUGUCAAAAUAAACGGCAAGGUUAUGGUCGUAUAUGGUAUUGCAAUGGAGAUUACUAUGAAGGUUGUUGGAAAAAUGAUCUGUACGAUGGCAUGGGAAUUUUCGUUAAAUUUAAUGGGAAUAGAUACGAGGGUGAGUUUGUUACGGGCAAGAAAGAGGGACUCGGAACGUUUUACCACAUAGUCACGGGGCAAAAACAAUAUGGCGCCUGGAAGGAUGAUUCUUUCAUAAAUGGAACUAUGUCAGAUAUGCAUUGGCGUCAGUCAGCUUUUGAGCCAACACCAUAUCCUAUUCCACGACUCAAAUUAAUCGCAGAUGAUGCAAUCAAAUACACGCAUGAAACAUACGAUGACAAUAACGAAGAAGAAAAACUAUCAUCGUGUACAUGCAAAAGGCCUCUAAAACGCGUAUUUACGGAUAUGCGUUCCCAAUUAAAGUCAAUUUUGUAA